AUGAUUAGCUCGGAGGCGUCGUUUGGUGCCGCCGCUCCCUCGUACUUUAGUCAGUCUCCUUCGGAAGAAGAGUAUAUGAAUCACAAUGCUUUUGCUCAAUCGUCCUACUCCUACCAACCGAACAUGAUGUGCGGCAUGCAAACACAAACGAAUUGCUUCGGGAAUUUUUCAAUCGGUCUACCACCUCAAAUCACACAAUAUCAACAGCCACCUCUACCGCAUGUGGCGCCGGUUCCGUUCGACGAUCGUCGACUUGCCGCACCACCAUCUGUGAACCAAAAUAUUCCAAUGCAAUCGCAGAUGAUCCAGAAUUUCUCAAUGCCGGCUUCGAAUCCGUCAGUACCACCACCGUUUAUGUUCCUUUCAUCCAACACCAAUGGUGUUGGUGCUGGUGGUGGACAGGCAUUCGGUGCAUCGGCGGUCGAUUCUUGUCAGCAGAUCUCACAUGUGCUACAAUGCUAUCAGCAAGGCGGCGAAGACACAGAAUUUGUUCGCAAAGCAAUCGAGAGUCUUGUGAAGAAACUGAAAGAGAAACGAGUCGAACUUGAUGCACUUAUCACAGCUGUGACGUCAGCUGGUAAACAGCCAACAACUUGUGUAACAAUACAACGAUCACUGGAUGGUCGUCUGCAGGUGGCUGGUAGAAAAGGGGUACCACAUGUCGUCUACGCGCGAAUAUGGCGAUGGCCUAACGUGAACAAGAAUGAGCUUGUGAAGCUGUCCAUGUGUACUAUACCAGCAGAGCAUCAAGAUUUCAUCUGCAUUAAUCCGUAUCACUACGAACGAGUAGUAUCGAAUGGAUUAGCGUCUCCGGGUUUGAAUUAUUCGCCUAUCUGCUUUUCCCAUCUUACUACCGUUUAUAGCGUAACAUUAAUAUAA